CUGGCUUAUAACCUUCCUAAUGACCUGACCCUUUUUGACUCGCCAUAUUGUGUUUAGUUCGGUGGUGUGCUAGUUGUUUCUUAGUUUUGUGUUUCUUUAGGUGCACCCCCGGGCGACUUGCUUGUAGUGCUCCCUGUCUCUGAUGAACAUGGUUUCCUUCUUUACUCAAAAAAGAAAAAAAAUUUGGGGCUAACUUUAUUUUACUGUACUUGUCUAUUUUCUUUAUUUAAAAGUUGUUUUAUUGGCCCUAAAAAAAAUAUUUAAAAGUUGUUUUAUUAAAUAAAAUAAAAUAAAUGGCUUCUUCUUCUUCUUCCUCUGUUUUUCCGCCUUCUAGUGCACAGAAUCUCGUCCGCCGGCCUCAAUUGCAUUCCCUCUUCCGAUUUCCAAGUUACUGAAGAAUUGGAGGACAGCCAUCCCAUUAGUCGACUCUUGCUUCUGGUAACAUCCUUCUUUCCAUCUAAAUGCUAUAAAAACCCUAAACCCUUGAAGCAUCACACUUCUUAGAAUCCUCCAAGUGAAAACAAAUGUUUUCUUCUGGACCGAAGAAGGCCAAUGUGAGCUCUCGGAGACAUCAACCUCCUGGUGCCACGGUGCUUGAUUCUCCGAUCACUCCUCUUGGUGAGAGACGAAGUUUAUUCCAUGACCACACUGUCCCAAAUCGUCCAAGCACUGGCACUCCCGCUCCUUGGGCUCCUCGCUUGUCAGUUCUUGCCAGAAUUCCUCAAGUUAAUAGAAGUGGAAAAGGGGAUGAAUUAGAUUCGAUUAAACCUGUAUAUGUUGGAGAGUUUCCUCAAGUAGUCCGUGAUCAACAGGCCAGCUUGCUUCAGAAACGAGUUGCUGUUGAAAAUUGCUCAUGUGGUGGCAUUGAAAAGCAGACAUCCCUUGCUUGGAUUAUUUGUGGAAACAGACUCUUUAUUUGGAGCUACUUGUCAUCUGCAUCUUCGACGAAGUGUGUUGUUCUUGAAAUUCCUCCUAAUAUAUCAGACAAUGGAGAUGGUGGCAAAAAUGAUGCGAGUUUUUGGUUUCUUUCUGUUGUUCAUUGGGCUAACACAUGCUUGAGAACAAAUAAAAUUGGAAAACAUUGCAACUCUGCUGGUGUUGUUUUGUGUAAUCGAAAUACCCGUGCUGUUAUAUACUGGCCUGACAUCUAUUCACAAUCAGACAGUGCUUCAGUCACUAGUCUUGCAUCUUCUAAUGAGCUGGAGGUUACUUUCAUUUCUGAUGGGAAAGGAACCUCAAGUAGGCAAUGGAGACUAAGCAAGGUGGCGAAUAGUUUAAAUGGAUCACACAUGUUUAACUCUUUGGUUGCUUCUGCAGUUCCUGGUCAUAAGCUUACUUGUGUUGCCCUUGCAUGUAGCUCAAAUGGUGAACUCUGGGAGUUUUUGUGCACUCCUUAUGGUAUUCAGCGAAGAAAAGUAUAUGAAAAUAUUUUGCAGUUUCCUGUUCAGGGGGGUGAUUCUGGUCAAAUAAUCAGCAACAGGGGAUAUCCAAGGUCAUUGACAUGGUGUUUUCCUCAUCACUCAACAGAUGAACCAAACCGGCAAUUUUUGGUAUUGACUGAUCAUGAGAUACAGUGUUUUAGGGUAGAACUUAGUUCUAAUAUACAUGUCUCAAAGCUUUGGUCUCAAAAAAUUGUUGGGACAGAUGCUGAUGUGGGCAUUAAGAAGGAUCUGGCUGGCCAAAAGGGAAUAUGGCCCCUUGAUAUGCAGGUAGAUGAUCAUGGUAAAGUGAUUACCAUUCUUGUUGCAACCUUUUGUAAGGAUCGAGUAAUCAGUUCAAGCUAUGUUCAAUAUUCUCUUCUAACUAUGCAAUAUAAAUCAGACUUGGGUGUAGAGAUUGUUAAUGACAAGAUUUUGGAAAAGAAAGCCCCUAUAGAGGUGAUAAUUCCAAAAGCUAGAGUUGAAGAUGAUGCUUUCUUGUUUUCCAUGAGGCUUCGGGUAGGAGGUAGGCCCUCAGGGUCAGCCGUCAUAAUAUCUGGGGAUGGAACAGCAACAGUUUCACAUAACCAUAGAAACUCUACUCGACUCUAUCAAUUUGAUCUUCCCUACGAUGCUGGAAAAGUGCUAGAUGCUUCAAUUCUUCCUUGUGCAGAUGAUUAUGAAGAAGGAGCCUGGGUUGUGUUAACAGAAAAAGCUGGAAUAUGGGCAAUACCUGAGAAAGCUGUUAUAAUUGGUGGAGUUGAACCACCUGAACGGAGUUUAUCACGCAAAGGAAGCUCAAACAAAAGAUCUGCGCAAGAAGAGAUUAGAAAUCUAACAUUUGCAGGUAAUGUUGCCCCCAGAAGGGCUAGUUCUGAAGCAUGGGAUAAUGGAGACAGGCAAAGAUCAGGUUUGAGUGGGAUCACUCGUCGGACUGUGCAAGAUGAAGAAUCAGAAGCUCUUCUGAAUCAACUUUUCAAUGAAUUUGUAUCAUCAGGGGAAGUGGACAGAUCACUUGAAAAGCUAGAAAGUUCAGGUUCAUUUCAAAGGGAUGGGGAAACAAAUGUUUUUGUGAGGAUGAGCAAGUCAAUAAUUGACACCUUAGCUAAACACUGGACAACAACAAGAGGUGCAGAGAUUUUGGCCAUGACUGUUGUUUCCACCCAACUUUUAGAAAAGCAGCAGAAACAUCAAAAGUUUCUCCAAUUUCUUGCCUUAUCCAAAUGCCACGAGGAGCUGUGUUCUAAACAAAGACAAGCCCUGCAAACUGUCUUGGAACAUGGUGAAAAAUUAGCUGCAAUGAUUCAGCUGAGGGAAUUGCAAAAUCUGAUUAACCAGAAUCGUUCAACUAGUGUUGGCUCCUCAAAUUCUAGUUUGGAAAUUCAGAUGUCAGGUGCCCUUUGGGAUGUGAUUCAAAUAGUUGGUGAGAGAGCCCGCAGGAAUACAGUACUUUUGAUGGAUAGAGAUAAUGCUGAAGUGUUCUACAGCAAGGUUUCUGACCUGGAAGAUUUCUUUUACUGCUUAGAUGGAGAGUUAGAAUAUGUAAUAAUCCCUGAACAGCCUUCUGGGAUUCAGAUCCAGAGGGUAUGUGAACUCUCAAAUGCAUGUGUCACUAUAAUUAAGACAUGCUUUAACUAUAAGAAUGAGAAUUGCUUAUGGUAUCCACCUCCUGAGGGCUUAGCACCUUGGUAUUGUCAACCUGUGGUACGCAAAGGGGUGUGGAGCGUUGCUUCUGUUCUGCUUCGGUUGUUAAAUGAAAUAUCUGGACUUGAUAUGUAUGCAAAAUUAGAUUUGUAUAAUCAUCUUCAAGCACUAGCUGAAGUGCUGCUUGAGGCAUAUGCUGGUGCUGUCACAGCUAAAAUUGAGCGUGGUGAAGAACACAAAAGUCUGCUCAAUGAGUACUGGGAGAGGCGUGACACACUUCUUGAUUCUCUUUAUCAACAAGUCAAAGAAUUUGAAGCUGGCCAUAAGGAUUCAGUGGGAGGAAAUGAAAAUCAGAGUGAAGAAGCUGUUUUGAAGAUUACUUCACAUUUGCUAUCAAUUGCUAAACGGCAUGGAUGCUACAAAAUUAUGUGGCAAAUAUGCUGUGACAUCAAUAAUUCAGAAUUACUGAGAAAUAUUAUGCAAGAAAGCUUAGGACCUAACGGAGGAUUUAGUUACUAUGUCUUUAAACAACUUCACGAAAGCAGACAAUUUUGUGAGCUUUUAAGACUAGGGAAAGAGUUUCCAGAUGAGCUGUCUAUUUUCCUGAAGGAACAUCCUGAUCUUCUUUGGCUUCAUGAGUUGUUCCUUCAUCAAUUUUCCUUGGCAUCAAAAACUCUACAUGAAUUAGCUCUAACUCAAGGCAAAACGUCUACCUCAGCUGCUGAAGAGAAAGAGCUGGAAUUUGUUAAUUUGAAACUAAAAUUAGCUGAGAGAAAGCAUCUUUUAUAUCUUUCCAAGAUAGCUGCCGUUGCAGCUGGUAAGGAUGCUGAUUCUCAAGUGAAGGUGGACCGUAUAGUGGCUGAUUUGAAGAUUCUUAAUUUACAGGAGGAAAUAAUGAAACUUGUUACUUCCAUAGAAGAUAAGCAACUUCUCGAGCAACAGCUGCUUCAUCCAGAAGACUUGAUUAAACUGUGCCUGGAAAGUGAAGGGCAAGAAGUCUCACUGUGGGCAUUCGAUGUGUUGGCAUGGACCAGUUCCUCCUUUCGUCAGACCCAUAGAAAACUGUUGGAGGAGUGCUGGAAAAAAGCUGCAAUUGAGGAUGAUUGGAGCAAGUUUUUUGAGUCAUAUACGGCUGAAGGAUGGAGUGAUGAGGAAACGGUGCAGAAUUUGAGCAACACGGUACUUUUCCAGGCUUCAAGACGGUAUUAUGGACCCCAAGCAGAAACGUUCGAAGAAGGCUUUGACAAAGUAUUACCAUUGAGAGAAGAGAACUUGGAGAACUUGGUUUUAGGCGAAAUGACUACUUCUGUGGAAUCAAUAUUGAUGCAGCACAAGGAUUUUCCAGUUGCAGGAAAGCUUAUGUUAAUGGCAAUCAUGUUGGGUAGUGAACAGGAAAAUACUAGACUUGAAGAGGGUCCUUCCCCGAUGGAAUAGCAUCGCAAAUGUCAAACGAGGAAUUUAAAUGAGUUCUAGGUAGGAGAUAUAAUGACAGAUAUAGGCUUUCAACUGAGCAGCAUCUACAUGAUAUACGAACUGUGUUUGUAUAUGUAUCUUGUCGUAGUGGGGGAAGAUGAGUAGCAUCGGUGGGAGGGAGGAACUGUUUGCGCAUGCGCAUCUCAAUGCUGAGCGGGUUUGUGGUUUUAAUGCAAAUAUAGGAAAUUACCCUCCUCCUAUUUGUGAAGUAAUCGGUAUCACAUUUGGCCUCCAUUAAUUCUGGGAGAGGCACUUUUGUAAUGUCCAAAUCUUUAUGGAUUGCGCUGAAGUAAUCAACUUGAUCACUAGAAGUGUUAUUCAUUUAUCCUUUCAGAGAAAUUAUCAACGAGUUCAAAUCUGUUUUCUAUGGGGAUUGGAAUAUUUGUUUAAAGUUCAUGUUUAGGGAGAUUAACAUCUCUGCCUGCUUGUUGGCAACUCGGGCUUUUGAUGAUUUUGUUUGUUAUACUACUUUUAAUUUACUCUCACCUUAUUGUGUUGAGGUAGUGAAUAAUAAAAGGAUGUUACCUGAUCAA